AUGAUUGCCAAGGCGACGCCCGCACUGAACACGGUGCGCGGCUUUCAAAACACCCCCGUCACCUCCGGCGAUGAGGAUUCCGACUACGGCGUUUGCGCUACCCCGCCUCUCUCCGCGAAGCGCUCCGGCCGCGCUGCCCUCAUCGACGAUGUCGUCAGCGCCAACUGUAGCCCCAACAUGCGCGGGGCCUCCUCCCCUGCUGUCUCGGGCAUCGCCAAGCUGCGCUUGCAGAUGGAGCCUCUCAGCCUGGAUAACUCUUCUCGGACGAGCACUUUGACCCUCAACGGCAGUAACGGCCACGGCGGCCUCUCCAAGGGACUGGGAAUCAGCAGUGCUGUCAUGAGCCGCUGCGGAAGCCAGGAUGGCAGUCAGAGUGAGGCUGGCAGCGAGCGUUCCGAGACCGGGUCUACGAGCUAUGAGGUCAACCUGGAGCAUGACUAUGUCGACGAGAGCGUUCGAGAGCGCAACGGUCACAUCGUACCUAUCGAGGGCAGCAAGGAUGUUCAGCGUAAGAUGACGGCCGACGACUUUGAUCCCCUCCGAUGCCUAGGAAAGGGAACCUACGGUACCGUGCUUCUCGUCAAGCAGCGCAACACCGGCCGGCUUUACGCCCAGAAGCAGUUCAAAAAGGCCUCCCUUACUGUGCACAAGAAGCUCAUCGAGCAGACCAAGACGGAGCGUCAGAUCCUUGAAUCGGUCAACCGACACCCCUUUGUCGUCAAGCUCUACUACGCCUUCCAGGACCACGAGAAGCUGUAUCUGAUUCUCGAGUACGGCCAGGGCGGAGAGCUGUUCACUCACCUGAGCACCGAAAAGAUGUUUGCGGAGCCCGUUGCCGCCUUUUACAUGGCAGAGAUGCUUUUGGCCAUCUCGCACCUGCAUAGCACCCUGGGUGUCGUGUACCGUGAUUUGAAGCCCGAAAACUGCUUGCUGGACGCUGAGGGCCACCUGUUGCUCACUGAUUUCGGCCUUUCCAAAGUCGCGGUCGAUACCUCAGAGGACCACUGCAACUCGAUGCUUGGAACUGUCGAGUACAUGGCCCCCGAGGUCAUCCAGGGACAGAAGUACGGAAAGGCGGUCGACUGGUGGUCUUUCGGCGCGCUGGGCUACGACUUGAUGACUGGCAACCCGCCCUUCCGCGGCGGCAACCAUGCCAAGAUUCAGCAGAACAUUGUCAAGCAGAAGCUCGUCAUGCCGUACUUCCUGAGCCCCGACGCCAAGGAUCUCCUGACGCGCUUGCUCAAGAAGGAUCCCAAGAAGCGUCUGGGAGCCAACAUGCCCAAGGACCUGCAAAUCAUGAAGGGCCACCGCUUCUUCAGAAAGAUUGACUGGAAGAAGCUCGAGGCCAGAGAGGUCGAGCCGCCCAUCCAGCCCAUGAUCACCGACCCCGAGCUCGCCGAGAACUUUGCGCCCGAGUUCACCGAUUUAUCCCUGAGCCCCGUCAUCACGGCCAAGGACCCAUGGAGCGCCAUGUCGGCCAAGGAGGAUGACCCCUUUGGCGGCUUCAGCUUCGUUGCGUCGAGCAGCAUGUUGGAGAGCCACGCGUUUCGAUUCACCACUGAAGUCUAG